CCCGUUUGACGUGGCCGCGUGCUGGGGGCGGCUCCGGGCCGGGGGCCGGCCUGCGGAGCCGGGCGGGGCAGGCCUGGGGCGGGGCGCGGCGCCGCAGCUGGAUGGCCGGGGCCGCCCGGAGCGCUGCCGCUGCCGCCGCUGCACGCACCUGGCAUGCCUGGAUGUCCCUGCUCUGGCUGUGGCAUGGCGGGCCAAAGGCUCCUCUUCCUCAUUGCUGUUGCCCUGGAGCUCCUGGGAGGGGCUGGGGGUUCCCCGCAGGCCCUCCGGAACCGGGGGGCUGCAGCAGCCUGUCGCCUAGACAACAAGGAAAGCGAGUCCUGGGGGGCCCUGCUGAGUGGGGAGAGGCUGGACACCUGGAUAUGCUCCCUCCUGGGCUCACUUAUGGUGGGACUCAGUGGGGUCUUCCCGCUACUGGUCAUUCCCUUGGAGAUGGGGACCACACUGCGCUCAGAAGCUGGGGCCCGGCGCCUGAAGCAGCUGCUCAGCUUUGCCCUGGGAGGGCUGUUGGGUAACGUGUUCCUCCACCUGCUGCCCGAGGCCUGGGCUUACACGUGCAGCUCCAGCCUUGGUGGUGAGGGGCAGAGCCUGCAGCAGCAGCAGCAACUGGGGCUGUGGGUCAUUGCUGGCUUCCUGACCUUCCUGGCUUUGGAGAAGAUGUUCCUGGACAGCAAGGAGCAGGAGGGGGCCAACCAGGCCCCCAGCAAAGACCCUGUUGUUGCUGCCGCCGCGCUCAAUGGAGGCCACUAUCUGGCCCAGCCGGCUGCAGAGCCCGGCCUGAGCGCUGUGGUCCAGAGCAUCAAAGUCAGUGGCUAUCUCAACCUGCUGGCCAACACCAUAGAUAACUUCACGCAUGGGUUGGCUGUGGCCGCCAGCUUCCUUGUGAGCAAGAAGAUCGGGCUCCUGACCACCAUGGCCAUCCUCCUGCACGAGAUCCCCCAUGAAGUGGGUGACUUUGCCAUCCUGCUCCGGGCUGGCUUCGACCGAUGGAGUGCGGCCAAGCUGCAGCUCUCAACGGCACUGGGGGGCCUGCUGGGGGCCUGCUUCGCCAUCUGUACACAGUCCCCCAAGGGAGUAGAGGAGACUGUGGCCUGGAUCCUGCCCUUCACCUCUGGCGGCUUUCUCUACAUCGCCCUGGUAAACGUGCUGCCCGACCUCUUGGAGGAAGAUGACCCUUGGCGCUCCCUGCAGCAAGUGCUUCUCCUCUGCGCGGGGAUCCUGGUGAUGGUGCUGUUCUCGCUCUUCGUGGAGUAACAUCCCUGGUGCCCCCCCCCCCCACAGCAAUAAGAGACUCGAUUUACUCUGUGACCAUGUUCGAGGUAGAGAGAGCUAGUGAGAGCCAGCGGGCCUCUGGACAGACUAGACGGUGUGUGUGGUGUGCAUGUGUGAACAGUGGUGUGUGAGACCGACACUGUGAUCCCUCAUGUGCUGGCCCGGGGCCCAGUGCCCCCGCCUGCCCCCAGUCGCACUGUGCCCCUCCCCUUGCCACCCUGUCAUCUUACACCUCCCAGUGACCAGUGAGGAAACAGCAGCACUGCACCCAGAGGUCUCUCCCCACCAGGACUCCAAGGGAACCCCAAAGCUGCCUCCUGCUGGGGCGUCCCGUGUCCCUGGCUGAGAGUAAACCCCCUGCUCGUGCAACGCACCCUGGGCAGAAGCUGGGUGACUUCUCUCUGCCACAUCCAUCAGCCUGGCCCUUCCUCUGCCAGUGCUAAGGCCAAAGAAAGGUGCAGGUGCUCUAGCAGACCCCAGCCCCACUGGGCACCGAGUCCCACCGUUCCCAGCAUGGAGCUGGAGGAUGCUGAGACCUUUCCCUCCUCCCUCCUGGCCGUCUGCCCUGGGCUGGCUUCUGUCACCCAGUGAAUGCUCCCUGGCAGCACCAGCAGCCCCUGCCACCUCCAGCUGCCAAACAGCAGCCUGCAGGGCAGCCAGCAGCCCCAGGCCAGAGAGGCCUCCUGAUCCAGCUCAGGGAUGCUUGUGCCAGCUCAGGGCCCAGGCAGACAUCCUAGAGGCAGGAGCAGUGGUUGGGGCUGUCCCUCCCUGCUCGGGCCCCUUUUCCUGGCCCACUGGGAGUAGGGGUAGGCUGGGGGUGGUGAGGGCUCCAUGCUGUCAGCACUCAGGAAUGUGCUCCUGGAGAAAGCUGAAGCCAUAAUCCCCAGUUAUUUCACUUGGCCGGCACCCAAGCGCUCAGCUGGCCCAGUCCAUAGCCAGGCUCCAGCCCUGCUGCUUGACCAUGGGCGUUCCGAAGUAGCCAUUGAGAGGGUCCGGAUGGCUUUACAGCAGUUUCGCUGUGGUUCCGUUUGUAUCUGUAAAUACCUGUUCUAUAUAUAAGAUGCAAAUAAAUACUAUACACAAA